GGAAUUCUCCUCUGCUGGUGGGCGGGCUCCGCGUUCUGGUUACCGUCGGGCGGCUACGCACGCUGGGCUCUGCGCGGUCGGCAUGGGUUGGUCUCAGGAUUUGUUCCGCGCCCUGUGGAGAGCGCUGUCAAAGGAAGCAAAGGAGCUAGUGGGCACUGAUCAGUUCGGGAACAAAUACUACCAUAUACCGGAGUACAAGAACUGGAGAGGACAGACUAUUCGAGAGAAAAGAAUUGUAGAAGCAGCAAGUAAAAGAGAAAUAGACUAUGAUGUAGGAGAUAUCCCAACAGAAUGGGAAGCUUGGAUUAGAAGAACAAGAAAAACUCCACCUACUAUGGAGGAAAUACUAAAGAAUGAAAAAUAUAGAGAAGAAAUUCAAAGAAAAAGCAAAGACCUUGAUGAACAAGAAAAACUCCUUAGUAAAGAAAGCAGUGAACUCUUGGCUCCACCAGUUGAAACACAGAUUAAAGGGCAUGCAUCUGCUCCAUACUUUGGGAAGGAAGAACCCUCAGUGGCUCCCACCAGCACUGGUAAAACUUUUCAGCCAGGAUCCUGGAUGCCACAAGACAGCAAGAAGCACAAUCAAUAAUGCACUGUGGUAAAAAUUUGUUGUAUUUAUAUGUAUAUGACUAUUUUAUCAAAUAAAGUAAAAACUUAUUUUGUGAUUAUAUGACUA